AUGGAAUUGAAGUAUUGGGGGGAGAAGACAUUAUUCAAGAUUGUCUCUCAACUUGGGAAGCCUCUGAAAGUGGACUCGAUUACAAAACAGAAGGAUAAAUUGAACUUUGCUAGGGUAAUGAUUGAAGUUUCCAUCUCUCAAUCUUUUCCUAGUAUUAUCAGUUUUAUAAAUGAGCAAAAUAGACAUAUGGAUGUGAUAGUGAAUUAUGAAUGGAAACCGACUAUUUGCUUACAAUGUAAAGGAGUGGGCCAUGAAACAAGUAUGUGUAAGAAGAAAUUGGAUUCAAAGGUUUGGUUACCUAAGAAUUCAAGAAAAGACAAUAACUCGGGUGGUGUUGAUGCAGAAGGUUUUUGUGUAGUUAAAGCUAAAGGAAGGAAGUCUUUUGGGUAA